AUGAACUUUAAUCUUUACGACGAAGAAGACGUUAACGAUUUUGACGUAGUGAUCGUUGGUGCUGGUUUAACGGGCCUUACCACCGCAUACAAUAUACUUAAAAGGAAACCUUCUUUAAAUGUACUAAUCAUCGAAGGAACCGAUAAAGCCGGGGGACGCGUUUUAUCACAGAAUUACAGCGAGACCUUUUACGCCAGUCUCUUGCAAAAGCAUAUCACUCGACUUAUCCAUACACUGAACAUAAAUACUUGCUCGAGGCAGAACAUAGACUGGUCUGGAAAAAAAGUGUUUUUUACAAAAAACGGUCCCGUAGAAAAAUUGCCAACUUUAUUUGCAGCUGAAGUUCGUUACUUUAUUCAAAUGAUUCAACAAAAUUCUUUGAAUCCAUGCUUCAAGACGUACGUAAAGAACAAAAUUACGCAUAAAUUAGCUACAACCAGCGUCGAUAAAUUACUGAAGAAACUUGUGUUCUUUUCCAAUGCCAGAUCAAUAUGCAGUUCAUUUAUCUAUAGUACAUGCGGAAUGAGAGAUCUUCGUAAGCUAUCAGCGUUAUGGAUGCUUGUAAUGUUAAAUGGUGCAGGUGGAUUGCUCAAUCGACUAAAAGUCACGAUGGGAGAUGAAAGCCGUUACUUCAUUCAAGGUGGAAUGACGCAAUUAACCGAAGAAUUAUUAAACCAUAUACUAUCUGAAAAUGGCCAUAUUAUUUAUGGUGAAGUUGUUACGAAUAUUCAAUUCAGUGAGGACAGGGCUUAUUGUUAUACCACGCGAAACUGUUUCAAAUGUGACAUCGUGGUGAUAGCAGUACCACCCCCAGAAAUCUCUCACAUUUGUAUCGAACCAUCCUUACCUGAACACAUAUCUCGAUCCCAAAUGUUAUUUCUACAUAGUGACAAUAUAUUUUUCAACGCAUUUUAUAAAUAUCCUUUUUGGAAAGAUGAAUAUAGCGGUGAUGUUUUAGCAACGUUAGAUUCAAAUACUAUUUUAAAUAUUGCUUAUGAUGCAACAUGCAAUAACUCAAAAGGAGGAAUUAUAGCUGGAUUUCUCAAUAAUACCAAUAUUAUGCCAACUACAUCGAAAUUGCUUUUAUUCGAAACACUAAGUAGAAGUUUCAAAAAUAACGAAGCGAGAUGUUGCAUCAAUUAUAAAGAACAUGAACGAUCUACAGAUGAAAAUAUUGAAAUUAAAUUGAAAAGUAGUUGGCUUAUGAGCGUUAUGCAACCAUGUGACAUAUUUUAUCAUGUUGAUCAUGUAAAUGCAUCCAUUGAUAGAGUCUUUUUCGCUGCGAGUGAAUAUGCUACACAAUGGCCUGGAACGAUAGAUGGUGCGAUCGAGACAGGCGAAUUAACAGCAAGUUUGAUACUUUUAAGAAUUAGGCCGCAAACUUUAGAGUUUGCUGACAUGAUAACUAUACAAAAUGAAAUUAACGUGCAAAAAUCGCUCCCAAUUGAAGUAGCUAUAAUGCAAUAUUUUUGCUUAGCAAUGAAUAUGGUCAUAUUGACUUCAUUUUUACAUAUGGCAUAUAAUAAAUAA